AGUGUAAUAAUGGCUAGUGUUUUUGCUAUAGCUUUGUAAGAACAGAGUAAUAAUGGGCGGAGUUUUAAGUGUCGUGAGUUAUUUUUCGAUCAGAGCACGCCGGUAUUUGUUUGGAUAUACCCAGGAAAGUUUUACAUUUGCUUCGAAGUCUAAAGCGCAACUUGUGCUGGAAUACAGCGAUCUGGAUUCAGUAAGUGCUAAAUAUUUCUAUAUUCAGCUUGUCAGCGAAAUUAAGAAUGCUGUGCUCUCUGAUGAUGUGGAUAGGUUUAAAAUUUCGAGCAGUUUAUUGAAUUAUAUUAUUUCCUCUAAAGAUUCUGAAGUGAUCCAGAAAUAUGAAGAAGCAGCUUUCGAAACCUUAAGUAAAAUAAACUUGGUAACUUUUGCAUGUAAAAAUGCAGCGGUGAAAAUCUUGGAGUGUUUAUUAACAGAUAAAAAUUUGAAUCUUGUUUUACCUUUUCGAACUGAUAGAAAUGAUCUUUCACCUGACGAAGAUGAUGAAUGUCACAAUGCUUUCUAUUAUGCUAUCCGAUCAAAUAAGAGCAACCUUCUUGAAAUUUUGAUAGAGAGGUGGCCAAAUUCUUAUUUAAAAGACUUUGAAAAAUUGGAUGAAAUUCUUUCGAAGGCAUUCAGGGAGUUAUUGAUUAGAAAUGUUCCAAUUAAUAUAGAUAUGGAAUUAUACGUUAAAAAGAAAUUAGUGGAUCUCCGAUUUUUUGACAACAGUUCCCCUCAGAAAUGUCCGCCCAGUAAUCCGAAAGAUCUUCUAAUGCUUCGAAUUGAUUUUGUUCUUGAAAAGAUUGCUUUUGUCGUUAAAAAUUAUUGUGAUGAAGAUAAUGAAUUAGAUGAGCAAUUUUUACUUGCCGCCAAAUAUAUUGCUCAGAAUAUCCAUACCAUGAAAUCUCAAUUAAAUUUCACUUAUGACAAGUUGCCAUGGGAGGAAAUGGAAUUCAGUUUGAUAAUUUUUAUUCAUUUUUGCUUAAAAGGCAUUCAUUUCGAGCCAUUGUAUUAUUUCAUAUUAAACAGGAAGAGACUUCUUUCGCAUUUGGAAAAAUUUUCAAUGAGACUCCAGUGUGUGAAGGAAGAUUUAAAAACCACAGACAUUACUAAAGUGUCCAGUAAGAAAAUCACUAGAAAAGAAGUUAUCGCAAAAGAAGAAAACAAACUCUUCGAGGAUUUGUAUAAUGAUUUCACUCAUAUUAGGGACAUAUAUACUUUAGAAAAAAUGAAGAAAUACACGGAUAUUGCUUUAUCUGCUGAUCCUAGAAGCAAAGAAGGCCAAAUUCUCAUCACCAGAACAUUGCAAGUCGCAGGAGAGCACUUUAAUAAUACGUUAUUUUCUCCGAAACUAUCAGAUACCGCUGCUGAUUUUCUUCUUUCUGUGUUACCAACAAAUUUGGCGGAAGUAAUCACCAGCCUGAGAAAUUCCUUGUCCCAUCUUGAAGCAUUUUGUCUGAGAUGCGAGAUUGAAGAGAAUGCUAACGCCUUCUUCGCCAACAUACAGACCGAUAUCUCCAAGAUUAGUUCAACCAUUUCAGACAUUUUAUACAGAACAAAGGUAUCAUUUAUUACGACUCUUCUUAAAGAAAUGACCAAUCGAGAAAGCAUCAGUGGUAAGAAAAUGUUUUUUGAACAAAAUGACAUUUCUGUGGCGUCAGUCACGAAAGUUCUGGAAGAAGCAAAACAUUCAAAUUUGGGAGAAAUCGGGCAAUUGGAAAAGUUGGUAAUAAAUCUUGAGAGAGAAUUUGAUAAAGAAAUAAAUUAUUCAAAGCAAAUGUUUCAUAGACUUCAUGAUAUUAUUGAAGACAGGCCAUCUGUAAUUCUACAACAAACCGAAGAUGUCGCCAUUAAACUGCGCGAUUCACUUCUUUCCAGUGACACAAAGGAAAUAAUAAAAUUCGUGGAGCAUGUUCUAUUAAAUGCAGGUUCUCCAUCUUUACUAACAGAAAACGAAUAUUUUGUAGCCGAUGGAAAAAUUGACACCGAUAAAGUCACUGAAAUAAUAGAAAACAUUUUCGUCAAAGUCAACUUAAGAGAAAACAGAGAAAUGCUGAAUCUGAUCAAAGAACGGGAUACGAAUGACUUUUUUCCGCAAGGUGACGAGUUGUUACAGAGAUUACCAGAUGAAACAGAUAUGGCGGAAUAUUGCAAUCCAGAAGAUAUUAAGAUGGUUAAAAAAUUGGUUUCGGAUGUCGCAGCUCUGACCAAAAGUAAAUUAUGGAGAGAGAAAGAGCGUUUUCGUAGAAUUUUAAGUAAGAUCACAGAAAAAAGAAUGAAGUUUAAAAAUAUCCAUGAAGAAUUAAGCGAAACUCUUAAAUGUAGUUUUGAAAUAGUACAUACAGCAGAAAAAUUCUAUUCCAGCAUAGCCAUGAUGAGCGAUAUCUGUCAAUUUCAGAAACAGUUGGAAUCUUUCGUGCAAGAAAUGGACUUAAAAUCUUUUGCGGAUGAAUUAUAUCCCAUUGUUGAAAAUAUUAACUCACGAGGGUUGUUAAAAUCUGGUGCAAGAAACGAAGCUUUAGAAAAAGCUCUGUUAGAUAUUUUUGAUUUUGUGCUAUUUCGCAUGGGUAAUGUUAAAUGGAUCAAGGAAUUCAGACAUAUGAUUCACGGCAAGAAAGCAAAAUCUUAUACAUUUGUGAAAAAUGUUUAUACCUUGAAGCCUGACUUUGCAAAACAGCUACCUCUAAAGAUUUCGUUGCUAAAGAGUGUUUUGAAGAAUCAUGAUUUAGAGAACCUAUCCAGCAAGAAGUUACAAGCAUGUGAAAAAGAUUUGGAAUUGCAAACUUUAGUUGAAAUGUUAGUGUUAGAUAUAUUGUCUGUAAUAGAAGGUUUGCCAAAGCAACUCACUCAUAUUAAUUUUUAUUUAGACAGUUGUUUCCCUACCGCUUAUGGUAGGAAUUUACGAAAUCAUAUAGCACAUGGUAAUGCUUUGGUUGAUAUGCUCUUGGGGAGAAAUUUUGCGAACAUUCUGUUGAAUGCCCAAAAGAUUAUUGAAGUCAAGGACAUUUUGCAGGAGAAACUUGGCAAGAAAGUGGAGAAUGAUCCACUUAAGUCGAGGAGAUAUCAUGACAUGGAUGUAUCAAUCAUGAAAAAGCAGAAGCAGUUUUUCGUUUCUUUGACAGAAGUUAUUGAUGAGAAAAGAGUAAAGGAUUUUAUGAAUGAAGGUGUUGACAUUCAUGGCAGAGAUCUAAAUUCUUGCACUGCUUUGCACUUUGCUGCUAGAGCUCCAAAUUCAGAAAUGUUAAAAUUUUUGCUCAUGUUCAACCUAGACAUAAAUGCAAAAGACGACAGCCAUCAAACUGCUUUACAUGCUGCUGCUGAUUCAGGAAGGGAAAGAAUCGUAGAAUAUUUGAUAGAGGAAAUGAAGAUGCCAGUAGACAGUCAAGAUAUCAAUGGCAGAACGUCUAUGCAUAUUGCUUCCAUGAAAGGACACGAAGGUGUGGUCAGGAUGCUUUUGCGGCAUAAAGCAAAUACAAUUUUAAAAGACAUAUUCGGACACGCUGCACUUCAUUACGCUGUAAUGGAAAACCAUUAUGACAUUUCCAAUCUUCUUUUGGAAAAUGAAACCGAUGUAGAUGCCAAUCGAACCUAUUAUGGAUUUACGGCAUUGCAUCUAGCAGCUGCAAAGGGACAUUUGAAUUUAGUGGAUAAUUUGCUCAAAAAGGAGGCAAAAGUGAACUCCAAAUCCGACAUGGAUUUUGUGCCUUUGCAUUAUGCUGCAUGUGGAGGCCAUUAUGAAAUAGCCAAAUCUUUACUUAACAAAGGAGCUGACGCAAAUGCUCGAACUGUGCAAGGAUUAACACCACUGCAUUUAGCUGUAGAUAACGGUGAUGUAGAAACGAUUGCUCUUCUGUUGCAGCACGGAGCAGAAGUUGACGCUAUGUAUUUACACGGCUUUACACCUUUGCAUUUUGCGGCCGGCUAUGGCCGCCUCGCUGCAUCGAAACUUUUAAUGCAAGCAGGAGCUAUUGCUUCUCUUCGAACGGGAGAUAGAUCAACUCCACUGGACAUCGCAGCUGAGUGUGGUCAUUGUGAACUUGUCGAAGAACUUCUGAAUGGUGCUGAUAUUAGUUCCAAGAUUCAGGCAUUGCGUACAGCAGCUUUUAAAGGCAAUUUGAAACUUGUUGAAUUGAUAUUCAACAGCGGAAUGGAUAUUAAAUUUUUACAUGAUUCUUCUGCUCUUCACUUAGCGGCGGAAGAAGGACAUGUGGACACAGUUAAAUUUCUACUUCUGAAAGGCGCCGAUAUCAAUUCUCAGGAUUGCAAUGGUGACACUGCAUUGCACUUGAGUUCUCCUAAAGGGCAUAAAGAAGUGGUUCACUUACUAAUACAAAUGAAGGCUGACAUUUUAAUUAAAAAUAAAUCUGGUACCUUUCCUCUAGAAAUAAUUAUUAAGACAGGCAUGACAAAUUUUCUAAUAAAGGAAGAAGUAGUUUUUGAUUUCUCUUAUGGCAAUGACAUAAGCCCUUUCCAUUAUGGAGCUUUUUAUGGCGAUGUUGACUUUGUGAACUAUUGCAUCCAGAAAGGGUGUUAUGUGGAUAUUAGAACUGAAUCUGGUUCGACAGCAUUGCACAUGGCUACUCUUGGCGGCCGUGCAGAAGUAAUAAAAUUCUUAUUAGACAAAGGGUCUGAUAUUAAUGCGCUGGACCAAAAAGGAUGUACUGCUUUAAAACAUGCCGUCAAUUCAAAUAACAGAAAAGUAUUUGAGCUUUUGAUCAAAAGUGGAGCAAUCCUGAUUGAUGCACAAGAAAGAAGUCUUUUUCUUUCCGCUGUCACUCAAGGACAUGAAGACAUUGUAGAUUAUUUCUUAUCUAAAAACCCGGAUGUUGUUGCAGCUGAUCCACAGAAUGGUGACUAUCCUCUUCACACGGCCGUGUAUUUUGGUCACGUCACAAUUGUUAAAAAACUGUUAGAGAAAUGUAAUAAGGACGAGUUAAAUAUUUUGGAUAAAAAUUUUCACCCACCUCUUUUAAUAGCAACAGAAAAAGACCACUGUGAAAUUGCACAGCUGUUGUUAUCGAAAGGAGCAGAUCCGGGUGUAUCGUCAAAGUUUGGGGAUUUUCCUCUUCUUCAAGCCGUCACAAAAGGAAAUUUUAAAAUGGUGGAAAUUUUAUUGAAACCAGGUGCAGACUAUCUCAAUAAGGACACCAAAGUAAAAAACAGCGUACUACAUAUUGCUGCUGCUUCUGGCUCUUUGGAAAUAAUCGAAUCCUUGAUUGAUAAGAAAGUCGAUAUCAACUUUAGAGAUUCAUCAGGUGCUACACCAAUACAUAUGGCAGCGAAAGAAGGGCAUAGGAAUGUCUUGGAAUAUUUUUUGAACCUUGGAAUGGAUGUGGAUGAAAGAGGUGAAAAUGGAUGGACUUCAUUGCAUUACGCAGCCUCUGGAAAUCAUUCCAAAAUUUGCAGAUUUCUUUUUGAAAAAGGGGCAAAUGUGAAUGCUGUCAGCAAAGAUGGCGCCACUCCUCUUCACACAGCGGCAGAAAUGGGCAAGCUAGAUGCUUUGCUGGCUUUGCUUGAGAUUGGUGCCUUUUACGACGCAAAGGACGAAAACAAGAAAACACCCCUGAAAGUUGCCAAAUGGUGGGAUAUACGCCUCAGGGUCUCUCUAAUGUUUGCCACAAAUAUGUUUUCAGCUGUGCAAAGUAAUAAUCCUUCCACAUUAGAAAGUAUCCUCAUGGCGGGAUUAGAUGUUUUGAAAUUCAAUUUCGUUAAUGUAAAGAAUGCAAAGAAUACUGCUUCAAUUCACUAUGCUGCUUGGAAAGGCCUUAAAAGAAUUAUCAGUAUUUUGCUCCGGUACAAAGCAAAUCCAAAUUCACUAACAAAAAACGGAUGGACAUCUUUGCAUUACGCUUCACAAUUUUCUCACUACGAGAUCGUCAAGGAGUUGCUGUGUCAUGGUGCAAUCUUCGAAGCUUUGAGCGAUUCAGGAAAAACUCCGCUUCAUUACUCUACAGACCAAAAUAUUGUUGCCAUCUUAGAGUUCCUGGAGAAGAUUUUCUAUAAAAUUAAAAACAAUGACCGUUCUUGUCUGCAGGAGUUGAAAGCUAUAGAAAACAUGGAUAUAGUAAAAGCUGUGGUGAGAGCCAAAAAUUUAGAAGGGAGAACUCUGACCAGUGUUGCCAUUGCUAACAACCAUCCAAAUAUCUCUGAAUUGAAAGAAAUUUUUCAAACAGAUGUGUCUGUUUCUCUGAAAAUGGCUGAGAUGUUUUACAAGCAAGGGAAUUAUGAAGAAUCAUUCAAUUUUUACCAAAAGGUACUACAGAAAAGAAUGAGUAUUUUUGAUCAGGAUGAUCCUGCUGUUUUGGAAAUUCAGAAACAACUCGCCUCCUUGCUCGUUCAUAAGGGUGAAUAUCAAGAAGCUUUAAUAUUAGCAAAAGAAGCUUGCGAAACCUUAGAAAAUAUUCUUGGUGACAAAAACAAAGAAGCAUUCAAAGCUAAAUGUCUCUUCGCAUCAAUUUUGGAACGUGCAGGAAGGGAACAACAAGCGAUAAAAGUAUACGAGGAAAUUUCCGAGCAACAGAGAGAAGUACUUGGACUGAAUCACCGAGAUACAUUAGAAACUUUAACCGAUAUAGCUAAAUUAUUAUACAAAGAAAACGAAUUUGAAAAGGCUCUGAAAGAAUAUGAACAAAUUUUUAAGUCACUUACCGAAAACUAUGAAAUCAGUCCUUGGACUUUGAGGAUUCAGACCAACAUUGCUAGGAUAUUACGGAAACAAGAGAAAUUCUCUGAGGCUUUAGAACUAUUUAGAAAUAUUUUUCAAGCAAAGGAGAAGAUAUUUGGCAUUCACAAUCAGGAAACUUUGGAGACAUCGACAGAAAUCGCUGUCACUCUACUUUGUAUGGGACAAGAAGAAGAAUCUCUGAAAGUCCUUAGAAAGAAUUUAGAACUUCAAUUCAAUUUACUUGGUGCUAACCAUCCAGAUACCUUGCAGACACGAUAUUAUAUUGCAGAUAUUCUAUAUUCGGAAAGAAAGUUUAGUGAAGUUCUUGAUAUUUAUGAAAAAGAUUUAAAUUCUAGAAUAUUAAGUUUAGGUGCCAAUCAUCCUUCCAUCGAAGAAACUGAAAAAAGAAUUGACAUUAUAAAUUCUCUCAUAAAGAAUCCUGUAUUGUAAGAACUUCGAAAAUGAACUAGAAUAUAUUCUUCAGUUUUUACAAACAUUCAUUCUUCAAGAAUAUUCUACUUGAAAAAAAGAUGUUUGAUUUUUUUCGUUUUUUUUAUUAUUCUUUUUUAUUCUAAAAUAAUUUUUUAGAUUCUGU